UGCGGCUUUCACGCGCUCGGCGCUUCACUCGGAUCAGCUCCGCUGCUGUGCGCCACGCAGUUUCUCUGUCCCUCCGCUCCGGUUCAGUGACUUUACGCUUUUCAGGAUCUGUAAAUCCAGUCUGCUCAGUGCGAUUCCGCGCUCUUUCAGCCGUUUUUCAGCGCGGUGCGUGUUGUGUGUUUGCGGGGUUCUGGUUUGUUUCUCGUUGUCUGUUCAGUUUGGAGGCGACGCGGAGAACCAAACUGCGCUUGAAGCAGGACCAGAGCACCGGGAGCAGCUCUCUCUCUCUCUCUCUCUCUCACACACACACACACACUCUGCCCUCGUGAUUUCCUGCAUGUGUGUGUGUGUGUUGUUCAUGCAUGCACGGAUUUGCCAUGUUUUAAUUUGCAACUUUCCUUCUCUCACAGUGUGAGAAGGUGCGCAGUACAAUCGUUUCCUCGCGUGUAAGACAGUUUGCCGGUGGCGCAGGAACGAGGAAGUGUCCUGUAAAGGAUUGUAAGAGGGACUGUGAACACUGGUGAUUUGGGUGGAUUUUGUAGUCUGUUUCUCAGAAGGGAUGCGCUUCCACUCCGCCCGGACUACAGCCUGAGAGCCGGCACGCGCAGUCGCUGCAGCAGAGCUUUAAUAAACUCUACAUUCCCACAACUCUCCUUUGGCACUGUAACAGCUCUUGGACAUCCUCAGAGUGGGAACAGUUCAUGCACAGACCUGUGGGAGUCUUCACUAAGGAAAGGGUUGAUCACAUGUGAGUUGGCUGCCGGUGUGUUUUGUUUUGUCACCCGGCGCUCGUGCCCCGGACAGACCCCGGUACCGCGUGCGUGGAUCAGGACUGAGCUGCGCGCUUGAGGCUGCUGGAGAUGGCUCCGGUGGGGAUGCUGCUGAUCGGGGCUGUGUUAGUGUGGGUGUCGGUGCUGGGUGAAGAACCUGCUGCUAAAGCCGUAGCCGACCGAUACGCCGUCUACUGGAACCGCACGAAUCCCCGAUUUUACCGAGGUGACUAUCACCUUGAUGUGUGCAUCAAUGACUACCUGGACGUCUACUGUCCCCACUACAUGGACUCUGUGCCGGAGGCGAGGACCGAGCGCUACAUGCUGUACAUGGUCAACUACGAUGGCUACAGCACCUGCGACCACACAGCGACGGGCUUCAAACGCUGGGAGUGCAAUCGGCCCUACUCUCCCAACGGGCCUCUCAAGUUCUCUGAGAAGUUUCAGCUCUUCACACCAUUCUCGCUGGGCUUUGAGUUCCGACCAGGCAGAGAAUACUACUAUAUAUCCUCUACAGUUGCUGAGAAUGGGAGAAAGACCUGCCUGAGGCUGAAAGUUUUCGUCAGACCAGCAAACAACUGCGUGAAAACCGUCAGCGUUCAUGACCGGGUCUUUGACGUUAAUGACAGUAAUUCAAUAGAGCCGAGAGACGAUACGAGCCACGAAUCGGCCGAGCCAUCCCGAGGGGAUGUCAAUUCUGCCGGACGUGUACGUAUGGCUGGCCUCCCGCUAGCCUCAGCCCUGAUCAUCUUCAUCUCUCGCAUAUCAUUAUAGCGGCUUAUGUGUGUGUGGGUGCGAUAACAGGUCCCAAUCUUAACACAGAGGAGGACUCUUAAAAGAGCACUUUUUUAAAAAGUAGACAUCAGAGGUCCUCAUUAUCUCCGCUGAGAUUCAGAACGUGUUCCUCUAACGAGAAGACACCAGAACUCAGUCAAUGAGGGUGGAAUCUUCUCAUCCGGGAUGCAUUACAGGAUGGAUCUUGGUGGAUAUCCGUACACUCCCCAGAUACAUGUAUAUGCAUACACAGAACUUCUUUCAUCAAGCAAUGACUUACCUUAAAAUGGAAGGUGGAAAAGACAUAUAUACUCAUUUGUUGUUGUUUUUUGGUUCUUUUUUUUUUUUUUUUUGGACAUUAUUUCUGUAAAAAGCAAUGGCGGACUCCCAUCGACAUGUUUAUGAGCCAGGUGUCUGGAAACAUGGGAAACAUUUUGGACACAGCUGUGUACAGGACUGAGGGAGAACUGGUUUCAGAGUGUUCUUCUAUCAAAAAAAAAAAGGAAGAGAUCAUUUUUAAUGGGGCAAGUCUUUACCUGAGGACUUUAUUGUUGUUUUUAAGGAGUUUUCUUAUAUAAAAAGAAAUAAGCACUCGUCUGUUUUGUACAUUGUGUACAGGUUAAAAAGCAGGAUACAAAGUGGAGACUGUAUUCUUGAAGUGAAUAAGUGCUCAAGUGUAGUAGCAACAGUGGUAUUUUUGUUAUAGAGUUUGGAGCCUCACUGAUCAAUUGUUUAAGUGAAUAUACUUAUUUGUUUGACAAAAAGCAUUUUUCCCUAUUUAUUACUCAUUAUUUCACACACUGCCACUGCAGUUAAUAGUGAGGAUUCACCCUGCGUUCACACUAGCAAUCGACAAGGACUUACUGUUACUACCCUGAAAUUGAUCAUUUUCUUAUAACAGCAUGUGUUUUAGUCCUCUUAUACCACAGCGAUUUGCCAACUACACAUUAAAGAAAAACGCGUUGUACUUUUUAUCCAUUUAUUGUUACAUUUAUUGUUGUGGAACAGCCACAAAGUUAGUUCCUGUUAGUUCACUUAAGUUACAGCAGCUAUAAACAGUCGUUCCCUCACCAGCCUCUCUUUUUUCUCUCUCUUGAAGUUAAUAAGAUUUUUUUUUUAAAAUGCGGCUUGUGAUAUUACUUAGAAACCACAAAGCAUAAACUCUGUCCUGGAGACUUUCCUGUGUUGGAAACCUUAAAGUUACAGCUUUACAUUUGACUGUUACAAAGUGCUGGAGACUCCAUUACAUAAUUGUUAAAUAAACAUCUCCGUAUAGAAAGCUUCACCAUAUCAGAGAUUACACUUUUUUUUUUUAAAUCUGAUUAUGUGGAGUGUCCACCAUGAAGUCCCUGUGAAUGAGCUGUUACAGUAGAAAUGCUAAAGUAUUAGAACAAGCGCAUUAAUAUAAACGUGUGAUUUGCAGCUGCAUUACUGUCAGAGCGGCUGUAUAGAAGAUUAAUCAACACAUCUGAUCAAUCAGAACCACGAAUUCAACAGCACUGUGGUAUAAGCUAUAAUAAAAAAAAAUGGUACAGGUCAAAAUGUUUACAGGCUACCGUAUAUUUUAUACUCAUAAAUUUUGUUUAUGUUGUAGUACAUUUUUUGCAAGUGCUGUUGAAUAGGAAGGAAUUGAAGUUGUGAGGAUAGAGAGAUAGAUGGGAGAUCGGUCAACCCUGCCGAAUGACUGAUCCAAGGAAUUUACUGAAAGCAAUCACUUGCCUUAUAUACGAAAUCACACCAUAUUCACCAUACAGUGUAUUAUUUUGGGACAUUUGCCAUUCUUUAAUCAUGUCUGAAAGCAUAGCUGAGUAUACUCAGCACACAUGAAAUGGCUUGAUGUACCUUAGCUGAUAAUAAUAGCAUUAUGCCAUAACGCACUGUGCUGCUUCUAUAGGAUAGGUUGUAGCUCAUAAUUUCCGACACAGGAUUGGAUUUGUCGCUAAUAUGCGUAAAACUGAGAGAAUCCCAAUUCAUUUUUUUUUUUUUUUUUGCGAUCACUGGAAUCACAGCUUUGUGUCAUAAACUUGCACAGGAAGUAAAGUUUGCUUGUGACUAUUUUUUUCACUUGCUAGUGUGAACACAAGGUAAAUGAGGUACAUAUACAAAAAAACCACUUUGAUUUUGUAAGCAUAAUCCGAAUUAGAUGGUAGGACAGGUUAAGACAUUGACAUCUUUUUCAAGCGGUUUGAACUGGGUCCAUUUUUAAGGUGAGUGCCACAUUUACUAAUUGAUUGAUUUACAAUUUACUGGCAACUUACUAAGUGUCAUCCUAAAGCCUAUCAUGAAUAUCAUGAACAUUUCAAUGCUAAUGUGCUAUCAUUAUCACCUAUUGCAAACAAAACAAUAAAACGUAACACAUUGCAUAUCUGUGCACAGUUUAAAGCAUCAGGGAAAUUUUUCACAUCUCGAUUAUGUGUAUAAAUCAUCGUUACACAUCUUAAGAAUUCUCGCCUUUUUUUUUUCGCUUUCAGCUUCUUAAGACGUAAACAUGAUAUGUUCAUGGCGAGGUGAUGCUGACAGAGCAGUGCACUGUAGCUGUCCCUGGUGGCAGCUGGAGGCCUGGCGUGAUUUAAUAGACUGUUUGAAGUCGUCCAGGGUGACAGGAAUGCGGGCCACAUACUGCGGCCUCGUGUGGGUCAUUUCUGGAAUUAAAAAUCGACUGGUGCGUCAGACCAUACCGGUGUCCAGUUCAGUGGUAGGCUAGUGUUACUGACGUGAACUCAAACACAUGGGGGAGGGGGACGAGUUUUUGCUGCGAUCAAUAGUAAUUGGCUUUACGGAUUGAAUAAAAUGGUAAAUAUUUGCCUCAGUCUCAGUGCUGGUACAGAUUUCCUGCACAAUACAGUUCUAGUGUGAGUGACAAAAGAGGCAUGUAGCCUUUAACAAUUCCUCUGAAGAUGGAAAGAUUAAAUAGUGCAUUUGUUACAAUACAAGGAACACUUCGAACAAAAAUUAAAUGUAUACAAUUUUAACCUUACCACAAAUCAUCCGAGACACAUUUGGGGUUUUAAAUUUGUUUUUUUAACUCAGAGAUUUUAAAACUAUAAGGCAAAUCUAACUAAGAAGUACAUGAAUACUUUUUUUUUUAUAGCUAAUCAGUUUCUCCUUGCCUUAAACCACAGUCACAUUUGAAAUUAGCAGUUUUACAAAAUAUUUUCAUGCAACGUUUUACAGAGUAAUUAAUAGUCAUUACUUAAUGUUAUUAAUUAGUAAUUCAUUAGUAAUUAAUGAAUAAGUUAAUUAAUUAAUGAAGCUGAACGGAAUGAAGAGAGCAACUCUUUUUAGCUCUGCAUCCUUUUGUCCAAUUUUACAUUGAGCUAGAGUAACAGAACAACUCACCAAAACUGAGCAAAACGAAAGAUGAAAACUUCAAAAGGGAAAAACUGUGUAAAUUUCAUUUUUGGUUCAUGUUCCUUCAACGGAUUUGUUGAUUGGAGAUUUAUGCAGUGCACUGCUGUAACAAAACUAUCAUCUUUUUUUUAACAUAGGAGCAUAUGGAUCCUAAUUUUGUGGAUACUGUGUAUCCGUAGGUUGUCUAUGUGAUAUGAUAUACAGUGAUAAUACAAGUGAGACAUUUAACAUGCAAAAAAGAUGCUAAAUUACAGUGUUCAUGUUCAUUUCUUUUAUAUGUGAUGCUAAUGAUUUUCCUGUGCAUGAUUUUAGUGGUGUGCUGGGACUAGGAUCAACAAAAUAGCAACACAAACAGGCCGUUUUUACUUUCAUUCAAUCAGAUAUGAAACUUGAAGAAAAAAGGAACAGAAAGGCCAUGAUCAUUAACAUGAGAGCAUACAGAGUGCUUGUGCGGAGAUGCAUGACAAAUUUACAACAUUCAUUCAUUCAUUCGUUUUCAGUAACUGCUUUAUCCUGGUCAUGGUCAUGGUGGAUUAAAUGACUAAUUUGUUAAUAUUUUGGGAAAUAUUGUCAACUAAGUUUGUUAGAAAAUAUUGCACAAACCAAAAUAGUAACCUUGUAGUCAAUACAUUUCGACAUUAACCCCUUAAACUUGUCAACCUCGGCUCUGGAGAUUCCCCGGUCAUGCACAUUUUACUGUUUUCCCUGCUCUAACACACUCACUUCAACUCAGGGGCUCAGGAAGAGUGUGUGUUAGAGCAGGAAAACACAGAAAUGCAUAGGACAGGGGGUUCUCGAGAGCCAGGUUGAGUUUAGCUAAUUCAGUUAGGAGACUGAGGAAUGUAAGUCUCGACCACAUUGAAGGUUUAAGGGGUUGACCGUGAAUUUAGCCUUAUCAAAUAAAAAUGCAUAUGCAACCAAACCAGAAUUGCUUUUCUACACAGGGUCUGGAAGAAGCAAAACAUCUGGAAAGUCCUUUUAUCUGUGAAAUUGCAAAAUCUCACUGUCAUAUAACAUGACUGGUGCAAACAUUGGUUCAGUUUUGACUGUAACUGGAAGCCUUGUCACUUCAUUUCUGUAUAAUGGAAGUGCUUGUUAAAGGUGUAAAGAAAUGACAGUGGAAUGAUGGUGAUGAUGAUGAUGAUGAUGAUGAUGGUCUUGUCCGUUUUAACUUUAGCCACGCAUGAGUCAUUGCACAUAUAGUUUUGGAUUGUUGCAUUUCCCUUUAGCACUGUGACAUGAUUGCAUAUGUAGUUUCACACUCACCUGUUUUCGACAUGGACCAUCUUGGAGAAGUCUGGCUCGGUCCCUCCGCACGCCCCUGCGUUGGUCACCUUCACCUGAUGCUUGAAACCUUCUGCUUUAUGUUACAUACGUUUUUAUAUCCUCAAAUGCCAUUGUUUGUAAAUACACUUGUCAGAGCAGCUAAAACUAAUUAAAAAAAGAUUAAAUAAAUCUGUCAUUGCUGUAAAUGUGUCUCUGCUGUGGUGUCUCUCAAUUACGAUCCACACACUCCCAAAUAAACAGUGCCAUCUAAAGCUCAUGUUUUUUUGUUUCUUAAUUAUUCAAUUCAGAACU